AUGGCGCAACUGCAGGAGACACAUGCAGACAGCGGAACCCUGGCCCUGCACUCUGGCUUCAGUCCUCUGGAGAAGUUCCUGAAGGAUGUCAAGCACUACUACUCUGCUGAGAUCUUCAACAUUGACUUUACCAAACCCGCUGAUGCUGCAGCUAAGAUCAAUAGAUUCAUUGCCAACAAAACCCAGGACAAGAUCAACGAUAUGGUGAAGGACCUGGCCCCUGAGAUGGCCAUGGUGCUGAUUAACUUUGUCUACUUCAGAGGACAGUGGGAGAAACCCUUCGAUGGUAACCACACACAAAAGGCAAACUUCAAUGUGGACGAAAACACCAAGGUUCAGGUGGACAUGAUGAUGAGGACAGGUCGCUACGACUUCUAUCAGGACGUCGACAACCAUACCACCGUCAUCAUGCUGCUCUACAAGAGCAACACCUCCAUGAUGAUCGUUCUCCCCGAUGAAGGCAAGAUGAAGGAGGUGGAGGGCUACAUCAACAAGGACUACAUCAAGCAUUGCUGCUCUUCUGUAUUUCUCAGUUCUCUGAAUGUGUAUCUGCCAAAGUUCUCCAUCUCUGCUGAUGCUCCUCUGGAUAGCGCCCUGAAAGAAAUGGGCAUAACCAACGCUUUUGCAGACAACGCUGAUUUCUCUGGCAUGUCUGACGAGGUCAAGCUCAAAGUCUCAAAGGUAUCCCACAAGGCCGUGCUGAGCAUGGAUGAAAGAGGAACAGAGGCAGUCUCCGCUACCACUAUCGAGAUAAUGCCUAUGAGCAUGCCUGAAACCAUGAAACUGGACAGACCCUUCUUAGUCUUCAUCCUGGAGCCGACGAAGAGCAUCCUCUUCAUGGGCAAGAUCAGUGACCCCACAGCCAUUUAA